UUAUUACUAUUCACAAAAAUACAAACUAACUUGUCAAGGGCAACAACAACUUGAAUUGUCCUAACCCCCGAGAGUUUUUUAUUUUAAUUUAUUAUCACGCUGCGUGACACACGACUGAACGAUGACCUCCGAGGAGAAGAGGAGAGUGUUAUCUUAAUCACGCCCAAUCCUCCUUUAUCGUUGAUAUGGAUACCGACGAGAUCCUGGAAGAAAUAGGAAGUUAUGGACUCUUUCAAAAGCGAAAUUCUUUACUUCUUGGCCUUAUAAUUUUCGUACUGACCUUCCAAACGGUUUCUAUGGUGUUUAUCGGGGGUGAGCCAAGAUGGCGGUGCAAAGGAAACAGCUCUAUAUGUACACGAAACGAGACGUUCAGUUCAUACGACGGCUUUUACAAAGCCAGAUGCAAUAUGAGUUCUGACGACUGGGAAUUUACCACCGAGUUCACAUCUAUCAUCACUGAGUGGAACCUUAUUUGUGGCGCAGAAUAUUAUGCAAGCCUGUCACAAUCUAUACUGUUCAUUGGGUGGAUUCCAGGAGCAUUUAUUAUUGGAAGACUGUCAGACAAGUUUGGUAGAAAACAAGUUCUUUUCCCUGCUGUUUUUUUUGUUGCUGUGUCUUCACUAGCAAGCUCCUUUGUUCCUGUGCUAUGGCUGUUUUUGACUCUAAGAGGAAUAACAGGGUUCUUUCAAGGAGGUGUUUAUAUAACCCUUUAUGUGCUUACAACAGAGUUUGUUGGACCAAAACACCGAAGUUUAGCUGGGACAGUGGUUUGGAUUUUCUACACUUCUUCACUUAUGAUCCUGAGUGGAUUGGCAUAUGGAAUACGUGAAUGGAGAACUUUGUCAAUUGUUAUAUCUGCCCCAGCAUUUUUACUUUUGAUAUUUUGGAGGUGGGUACCUGAAUCAUGUCGAUGGCUGAUAGUUCACAACCGAGUAGGUGAAGCAAGGAAGGUGUUUUCAUUGAUUGCUACCAUAAAUAAAAAACGGCUUCCCACUGAGAAACUUGCACUUGCAGAGAAUAAUCACAAUGCUGUAGAAGAAGGUGGAUUUUUGGAUUUGGUUCAUACCAGGAUCCAGCUUAUACAGACUGUUAUUCUUUGGUUUGCAUGGUUUACUAAUUCCAUGGUUUACUAUGGAGUACUUUUGAGUGUUGGAGUGCUAGGUGGAAACCUUUAUUUGAAUUUUUUCCUCACAAGUGCUAUUGAUAUUCCCAGCAACUUUUUCGUUAUCUGGUUCAUGAGUUGGGAAAAAGGACUUUUGUGUAAAAGUUUUUAUGGUAGAAAGAGAGCUUUAAUCCUUUGUAUGAACCUGGCAGCAGUGUUCUGUAUCACUGUUUCUCUAAUUCCUCCAGAAUCUGAUUCAGGUAGCACAGCUGCACGUGUCAUUUUCACAGUCCUUGGAAAGUUCUGCAUCAAUGCGUCAUUCAGCACAAUUUACGUUUUCUCCUCAGAGCUCCUUCCCACAGUCAUCAGGUUUAUUACCAGUUCAGGUUUAUGCGUGUCGUUCAAGAGUUGUUUUUGUUCGAACAAGCCCAUUUGCUCCAUCUUUAAUGUUCUUCUUCUAUUUCAACAGGACAAAACUCACCCCGUGAUCCCAUUUGCUGUGAUGAGUGGCUUUGCUUGUGCCUCUGGGUGCUUGUGUGGUCUUCUUCCGGAGACCCUUGGACGGCGGACCUUGGAGACAUUAGAAGACAUAUUCCAUGCAUCUCCUUUACAUGACGAACUGCGUGACAGCGAUCAGAGUGAAGAGCAUCUAACUUCGUCGGUGUAAACCUUCCGUGUCUGGAACACAAUGACUUUGCCACCUGCUGUGACUUAAUCGUUCAAUGUAAAAAGAUUGCAAAAGAAGCUCAUACUGAAUUGUUCAGCAGGGCUUACAUU